CUUCGGGAAGGUUCUCGAACAAAGUGACACAACGAGCUCCUAGAAGGUAGAUCAGCAACAGAGAGGAGCGUCGGCUCGACUGUGUGUGUGCGUGGCAAUUGGUGUGUGGGUGUGUGUUUUUGCGUGUUCAGGGCUUCCUGUUGCGAUGCCGGUGGAAGGCGUUGGGCCUGUGCCUCACGAGGAGGACCUGUGGCUGACUGAGCUCCGCGUGCGAUAGCGCCUGAUUGUUGGAUCUCUUGUUUGUGUGUGAUGCGACGAAGGCGGCCUCCACGUGCACUCCAAAUGAAGGCAGUUCUGCUGCUGGCGGCAUCUCUCGUCCCGGGCGGAGGUACACAACCGACUAACGCGGAUGAAUGAAAGAGUAGUACAGGAACCGUGCACAAUUCAUUACGCAUUGUUUGUUUGUGUCUGUUUGGUUGGGUGCAGACACGUCGGAUCUCCAGUGGCGGUCGCUGCACGUGCAGGUGAGCUCCCCGCACGCACCGCCAACCACAAUACUCGACGACGUCAGCGGCCGGGCCGAAAAGGGCAGACUCCUCGCCAUCCUCGGACCCAGUGGCAGCGGCAAGGUCAGUCAGAUGUGCUAAGUGGAUUCCAUUCCUCGGGCCAUUGUCAUGUGUAUGUGUUUUAGACGACGUUGCUGAAUUGUUUGGCUGGUCAGCUGAGGAAGGGCAGCCCGGGUCAGAGGUUUGAGCUGACGGGUGAGAUCACCAGCGACGGCAAGGCACUCGACGACCUCAGGGACAAAGAAAAACCCGCAUACGUCAAACAGGAAGACCGUAAGGAGACGACACAGACAGACAGACGGAUGUGGCUUCUGUGUCUGAUCUGUAUCGUUUGCUGUGCGGUGCGUUUGUGUCCAUUUAUGUCAGUGUUCUUCCCCUUCUUGACUGCGCGCGAGACUCUUCGGUUGAUGGCCAGACUGAGGCUGCCCAGAAAUCUCGACACGCCGGCCAAGGUGAGCUGAGUCGGUCGCUGGCCGGCGACCAUUGGCUGCGGCGGUAUCCGUCAAUCAUCUGCUUGUGUGAAUGCAUGUGUGUGUGUGCGGGUGGGGUGGGUGGGGUCAGAAUGCGGCCGCAGAGAAUGUGUUGCGCGAGUUGGGUCUGUCCAAAUGCGCUGAGACGGUCGUGGGGGAUGUCAACGGACCUGGUCAGUACGGCUGUCUGGGUAUUUAUUUCCGCUUGCAAAUACCUGCGCUUUGUUCGCAUACAGGUUUGAGUGGCGGCGAGCGCAAGAGGCUCAAUCUCGCCUGCGAGCUCAUUGGCGGGGGCGAACUCGUAAGCCACAAGAAAACAACACAGACACACAGACACACAGAAACAUGGAUACGGUCUCUGUGUCUGUCUGUCUGUCUGUCUGUGCGUUUGACAUGUUUGUCAGAUAUUGGCCGACGAGCCGUCGUCGGGUUUGGAUUCGUUUCAGGCGCUGCAGGUGAUGGAGGUGCUGCACCGGCUGUGCCGCGACCUCAACAAGACAGUCGUCGCCUCGAUACACCAGCCAAGGUCGUCGAUAUGGAGCCUUUUCGAUGACGUUCUCGUACUCAGCGAGGGACAGGUACUCGUGUGGUGCCCACCCACCCAUUGGCUGUGGCUGCAUGGCUGUUUGCGCGGGUGUCCAUAGGUGUUGUUUCACGGCCCUGCUGAGCGUGCCUUGCCCUACUUCAAGGAACAAGGGUGGGCAGAGACGUCGCCCCCGCACCCAACACGUGGGCUCUUGCUGUCAAUAUUGCCCCGUCUGUCAGUUUCCCCUGUCCGGCCCAGUACAACCCCGCCGAGUUUCUCAUCGACCUGGCCGCCAUCGACCGGACUUCCAAGGACAAGGAACAGACGUGCAAGGAACGAAUCGACAAACUGGCCAAGGGUGCGAACAUUCACACAACAGAAUCCCGCACCAUAAAUACACAUGACGCAACUUUCAUGUUAAUGUAUGUGUGUGUGUAUCAGCAUGGCGCACCAGUCCGCCAGCGUAUGCGGCCUUGCCGAGGGAGCAGAGCAGCCCACUGGUGCGGCGGAGGGGCCGUGGGGAGGGCAGGAGGAAGACACCAGCUUCAUCCAAUCUCGUACCCAAAUGCAGGUGAGCAAGGCGUACGCCGGCAACACAGAGAGGCUCCUCUAAUCCCCUCUCUCUCUGUCUGUGUAUCUGUCUGUCUGUCUGUGUAUCUGUCAGUGUGCCCGAGCAGUUUGCCCUGCUGCUUUCCCGUGCGUGGCGGCAGACGGUGCGCGACUCGCUCGCCAAUCUCCUACGAGCGACCAUCUCAGUCGCCCUGGCCGUCCUCUUUGGGCUCAUCUUCGGGAGGCUCGGCAAAGGUACACGUACGCACAGAGAGGGGUGUGCGUGUUUGUGAGUAUCGAUGGCAUCGAUCGGUGCGUGUGUGCAGGUCAGAAGGCGAUAGAGGACCGGAUGGCGUUGCUGAUGCACAGCGUCAUCAACACGGGCAUGAUCGCCAUGGUCAAGGCACUCAACGUCUUCGCACGGGAGAGGCACGUUGUGCAGCACGAACGAUCAAAGUCGUCGUACGGCGCCGCGCCUUACCUACUGUCAAAGGUCUGUCUGUCUGUCAGAGAGAGAGAGAGAGAGACCAUGAGAUGGAUGGACGGAUGGAUGGAUGGAAUCAGAUAUUGUCUGAGCUGCCGGUGGAGCUGACAUUUCCUCUACUCUUUGGCUCAAUCCUGCACGUCAUUGUGGGGCUCAAUGCGGAGCCGGUCUCCAAGCUAUACGGAUUCCUCGGUCAGUCAGUCAAUGGCCACAUCCAACAGGAAUGCACUUCGCUUGAUGUGCACAUCAACGUCAUCUCUCUCUCUCUAUCCCUGACUGUCUGUCUGUCUGUCUGGUGCAGGUGUGCUGGGUCUGCACACGCUGGCAUCCUCCUCUUUCGGCAUGAUGCUCUCCAGCAUCGCGCCCACCACAGAAACGGCACUCGCCAUCGGUAACAGAGAGACCAUAGAUGGCCGGACACACACCGAUGGACGGAUGGAUGGAUGUUUGUGGAUGGAUGGAUGGCAUUUCUUUGUUUGUGUGUACGUUUGGUGCAUGCAGGUCCAGCGCUGAUGGUAGUGUUCAUUCUGUUGGGUGGCAUCCAGCAGAACCACCAGAUGCCCUCAUGGCUGAAACCGCUCGAGCAGGUAUCCCUCGUCAAGUGGGCCUUCCAGGCGCUCGCUAUCAACGAAUUCACGUAAGUCAUCAGCGCACGCUCAUUGUCUGCACCGAGAUGCAAUGAGAUAAGAUGAGACGGAUGCACGUCUGUGUAUGUGCAGCGGUCUUCGGUUCAUCCCCGAGGUGUCGCGGCGGAUGGGCGUCAUCCCACAGCCACCUGCGAUCAAUGGCGAAAUGGUACAGAACGUACACCAACCAAAACAGACAGACAGACAGACAGACGUUGAUUGUGAACAGGUGUUGGAGCGGAUGGAUUUGGCCGACUGGCCGUUGCGCAAGCCCAUUCUGGUGCAGUCGUCCCUCACCAUGGCCAACUACCUCAUCACAUACCUGGCCCUGCUGCUCAGCAAACCCCAGUUUGUCGCCAUCGGGGCCCCGCAGGACAACAAUGUCAGUCAGUGAGCCCACGAGAGGGAGUGAACCACCUAUGCGGCCCACCUCUGUUCGUCUCUGCGACUGUUUCCACCCAUGUGUGUGUGUGUGUGUGUGUGUGUUUGCAGGUGCCUUCAUCGAGCGAGAGCAACGCCAACAGUGCUGAUUCUGAGGAGGGGCCAGUCAAGGGCGGCGCAGCAGGUAGCGGAUUGGCUUUCCACACCAAGGUACGCCCACCCACCCCUCCCCACCCUGCACAAACAAGAGUGCGUGUGUGCGUAUGUAUAUAUGUAUGUGCCUCUUCUGUGAGUGCCUUUUGUUUUUGUGUGUAGGGUGGGUGGCGCAAUGGCAAGAAGGUGCGUCUGCGGGGCCCAUCAUCACACCACACCCACCCAUACCCCCACGCCAUGCAGACAAACAGGGGCAAGGCGGCCGGGCGGCCGAAGGCUUGAUGAUUGAUUGAUUGAGACGUGGUGACCGACCAACCAGCCAGCCAUCCAAUCACUGAGGCCGUCUCUCGACGCGAGUCUGAGACACAGGCAAUGAUCAAUCGUAUACGGGGUGGAUCUCUCUAUGGGGUCCGUUGUCUGCAAAUGAAGACGGAGAGGGAGAGAGGCAGACUGACGUGCGGGGCUUCUUUCAUUUAGGUGUACGGUGUACAGCCAGACAGACAGACGGACAGACAGACAGAGAGAUUCGUCGUGAGGGCUGGGUAGGUAUGACAAAACUAUUGUCCCGUCUAGAUGGCUGUGAGAGUGUUUUUUCACCGAACAAGACAGACAGACAGGCAAACACUUCGCGUGUGCACUGUGCAUGUCUGUGUGUGUGUGUGUGUGUGUGUCUGUGUCGAUUCCACGGAAGACACGCAUCCCCAAACCGAACACCUGCCUGACCCACCGAGAUGUCCUCUCACAACAAAUACCACA